GAAGUAUCAGGACACACAGAAGCAUAAAAUCCCUUCCUGACCCAGUGGCCUGUGCCUAUAAUCCUAGCAUUGGGGAGGCUGAGGCAGAUUUGCCACAAUUCAGCCCGCCUGGACUACAUAGUGAAAACCGGUCUCAAAAAACAAAAACCCACUUCUGGAGGCUGGCAAGAGGCCCCGGGUGAGCCUAGCUUGGUGCUCUCUCCCCACAGGGCCUCGCCCUGCUGUACAGGCUGCUGCUCAGCUGCCUGCUUUCUGAACAAGGCAGGCACACCAGCAGGGGCCCCAUGACCAGUCAGCACUUCUGGGUGCAGCCAAGGCCACAACACAGACAAUGCCCACCCAACCACACAAUUGCUAGUGCCUUCCUGUCCUUGCCCAGCCAUCACCGCCUCUUUUUAGCCUAUCGCCACUGCCGACACUUCUCCAUCUUGCUGGAGCCUUCCAGGUGUGCCAAGGACACCUUCCUGCUCCUAGCCAUCAAGUCACAGCCCCGUCAUGUGGAGUGAUGUGCUGCCAUUCGCAGCACAUGGGGCUGGGCUGGCAGCUGGGAUAAGAGAAAACAGGUGAAGCUGGUGUUCCUUAUUGGGGUAGCAGAACCUGUACCCCCAGCCCAGCUGCUAGCCUAUGAGGGUUGGCAGUGUGAUGAUAUUCUCCAAUGGGACUUCACUGAGGACUUCUUCAACCUGACGCUCAAGGAGCUGCACCUGCAACGCUGGGUGGCAGCUACCUGCCCACAUGCCCACUUCAUACUAAAGGGAGAUGAUGUCUUUGUUCAUGUCCCCAAUGUGCUGGAGUUCCUGGAUGACUGGGAUCCAGCUCAGAACCUCCUAGUGGGCGAUGUCAUCCAUCAGGCCGUGCACAAUAGGAACAAAAAAGUGAAGUACUUCAUCCCACGGUCCAUGUACAGGGCUCCCUACUAUCCACCCUAUGCUGGAGGCGGAGGCUAUGUGAUGUCCCAGGCCACUGUGAGGCAUCUCCGUUCAGUCAUGGAGGAGACAGAACUCUUUCCCAUUGACGAUGUCUUGGUGGGAAUGUGUCUGAGGAAGCUGCAGGUAAGCCCUAUGCACCAUGCUGGUUUCAAGACAUUUGGAAUCUGGCAGCCCCUGCACUCCCAAGACCCUUGCCUAUAUAGAGGGCUGCUGCUGGUACAUUGCCUCAAUCCCUUAGAGAUGUGGACCAUGUGGGCACUGGUGACAGAUGAGGGGCUCAAGUGUGCAGCUCCCCCCAGGCCCCAACUCUGAGAGACUGGUUGAGCAAUAGUUCUACAGUGGACUUUGUUGAUUUCCUACCAUAAAAAAAAUUGAGAAUCUCAAAAAACUGAUCCUUGUUGGUCUACAUGGAA